GCAUAAUCGAAUCGAAAACCCUUCCCGGCUCUUAUCUGCUCACUGUCCAGAUAGGGAGAGAGAGAGAGAGAGAGAGAGAGAGAGAGAGGGAGAGAUCCUCGGACAUAAUGACCGUGUCUUUGAAUGUGUUUUCGGGCUUUUUGGUCGGCGAGACGGCGCCGUUGAUGAAGUCGGCCUCAUCUUCCUUGUCGUGUUCUCUUCGGCUUGGGGUUCAGUCUCCGGUUAGCUUGCCCGCGGUGCGAAUGGUAACUUUGGCGACGGCGUCGAAGCCCGCCACCGAGACCAGAAAGAGAGAGCCGCGAGGGAUCAUGAAGCCCCGGCGAGUGUCCCCGGAAAUGCGGGCGUUCCUCGACGGUGUACCCGAGAUACCUCGCACCCAAGCCCUGAAGCAGAUUUGGGCUUACAUCAAACAACACAAUCUUCAGGAUCCUGAGAACAAGAAGAUCAUAAUCUGUGAUGAAAAGCUGAAGCAAAUUUUUGGCGGGAGAGACCGAGUCGGGUUUCUUGAGAUUGCAGGAUUGAUCAACCCUCACUUCCUUAAGUGAGCCCUUGCCUAUUGCAGGAGAAUGGAUUUCGAUUUUGGAAUUCAUCCACGAGUCUGUUCUUUUUGUAAAUGGGUUUCGGCACUCAUGAAUGAUACCAAUAGGAAUUAGGAUCCAUCUACAUGGGACGUAGGUAGUUUUUUGCUUGCAAGUCUCUUCCCAUAUGCAUGACAUGAGUGCUUGCCCUAUUUUGGUUUUAGUUGGUGUUUUUGGUCUGAAUUUGCCAAGCCAUGUAAUGCAAUUUCUCAAGUUACUGUCAAUUUCUAGUUUGCUUAUCUUC